AUGAAGGGGUUGACAUUAAAUUGCAUGGACCGUAAAUCUGAAGCAUAUGAGCUUGUUCAGCAAGGAUUAAAGCCCGAUAGAGAAUACAGGGAGGCAAUCAAAUGCUAUAGAAAUGCACUGAGGAUCAAUCCAGACAAUAUUGAAAUUUUGCGGGAUUUGUCACUGUUACAGGCGCAAAUGCGAGAUUUGGCAGGGUUUGUCGAGACAAGACAACAGCUCUUGUCUCUAAAAUCAAAUCAAUCUGUUCUCAGUAAAAAAUUACACUUGUAA